AUGGAAAACAAUAUUUUUUCGUCUGACGAAAAGUUAAUCCCAGAAGAAGCCUACUAUUAUUGGCCAGAAGGAAACUAUCUCUACACAGGUGAAGGAAAAAGCAUAGUGCGCUAUAUUUUCUAUAAAACCAAAUAUACAACAUUUGAAAAUGAAAUUCUGGACAGAUUCAAGCAAGAAAUUAGAUCCUCUUUUUCUGAUAUCCCUAAUUUUUUUGGAGAUGAAGAACUCUUAAGAAUCCUUCUUGGCUGUAAAUUUAACAUCAAAAAAGCAGUUCGGUCUUUAAAAGAUUCAAUUGAAUGGCGAGCAUUAAAUUUAACAGACAGUUUUCGGUCACUUUAUUCAAAAUGUUCUCAUCUUCUGAACUCAGGAGCUAUAUAUAUUCACGGCAGGGAUCAUAGAUAUCGUCCUAUAAUAAUUAUUAAUGCAAGCAAAUUUGAUAUGAAGAAAUAUUCAAUUGAUGACUUCUGCGCCUUACUUUGCUUCAACCUGGAAUUCGCAGUUCAAAAGCUGACAAUUCCUGGACAAAUAGAAAACUGGAUAAUUAUUACAGAUUUGUGCAGUCAGCCUCUUAAAAAUCUGCCUUUUAGCGAGUUAAGAAGAAUAAUAAAGGUUCUGCAAGACAAUUUCAGAUGUAGAAUGAUAGUUAAUUAUGUUGUUAACUCUCCGUCUACUCUUACUUUUGCUUGGAAAAUUGUUAAAAAUUUUAUAGAAGACCAUACAGUCAGAAAGAUAAAAAUUUGUAAAAAUUCAGAUCCUCCCGAAAUGAAGAAGCAUGUAGCUCCUAAUCAAUUGGAAGAAAAAUAUGGUGGGAAGGCUCCAAAUACGGCUGCUUUUUGGCCUCCCAUAUUGCCAGAUGGGCCCUUUACAAUUCCUGAAGAGUCUCAAAGUGCUCAUUUAAGUAAUAAAACGACAUAUAAUGAGUAUCAUGAUAUAAAAGAAAAUAGCAUAUAUGAUGCUCCUGAUGAUGUCCCUGACGAUGAGCCUAUCUUCCAACUAAUUCCUUCACUUUCUUUGCCAAUAUUUCGAAAAGAAAUGGUAGCAGAUGAAGAUUAUAGUGAGCCUGAAAAAAAUAAUAGCCUAAUCUCUAUAAAUUUAAGUUUCCCAGAAGAAAAAAGUGAAGAAAAAAUUGAAAUUCGAUCACUACGCUCAGAUGGAGGACAAACCAAAGAAAACACAGAAUUACAGUCAUUUUCUUCUCCAAAGCCAAAGAGUAAGAAAACUUGUGGGUGUGGGGCUAAAAUUUGUCAAAUAUUUUAG